AUGUGCACGUCAGGAGGAGAUUCCAGAACCCCGAGGCUGACCCUUGGCUCCUCGCCGUCCAACAGAAUCGUCAUGGCCGCCGGCAACCUGAUCCUGCAGCAGCGCGGCGUGAUCCGCGGCGUCAGCAACUGGGGCGUCUUCAGCCUGCCCAAGCCGACGUCGGUCCACCAGAUGCGCCACAAGACGGGCCACUACUUUGCCCUGCGCUUCGACGCCUCCAUCGCCACCCAGGAGGCCGUCCGCCGCGUCCUGGCCAACGACCCCCGCAUGAUCCGCUACUCGAGCGUCAAGCUCGGCGACGGCAAGCUCACCACCCUCAGCAAGUUCGGCGCCGACGGCGCGAGGGGCCCCGAGGGCUGGUGA